CGGAAGAAGACGGGAGUUUAGUGACCCACAGUCGUGCGAAUGUCAUUCCGUGGAUCUUGCCUUGGUAAGAAACCAGAGACCGAGAAAGCGAGACAGGACCGUCAUAGCUCUCACUUCAUCAGGCAGCAGAUGGCGGGUUCCCAAUGCUAUAGUCAAUGCAGCAAAGGGGUUCAGUAUGGGAAACCUUGUCUUGAAAGGCUCUUGUUUGUGAUAAUUCUUGUGGUUGCCAAUCUCAAAGCUUCUGAAGCAAAUGCAUCACUUUUCCUGCCACCUGAUCGAAUUUUGCAAGUUGGAAAAGAUGUGACCACACACGAGAAUGGACAUCAUGAUCGACAAGGAGUGGUUUCAUGGGUUCAUCGGCCUGAGUUGAGAGAGGGUCGCCGAAUGGAGUUGGCUGAAGUAUAUGACAAACUGUCCAGUGAUGACAACGGUGAAGGACGGAUGGUAGACUCCGGGCAUGCUGCAUCCCAUCUGUUCAGAGAGGGUACGAAGCACAGAGAACUAAGAACACACGCAAGUUAUCGCAGACCCACUCGUCCUCUCCGAACCUUGGCUUCGCUUGACCCUCCAAACUCAAGCUCAACACUUACUGCUCGGGGGAUGACGAAGCUUGCGGUCAGUAUGGUGCAGGCUAUCAACAGUAAAACAAAUUUCAGUGCAAAUGGAAGUACAAAUGUGGUGUUUUCUCCUCUUAGCGUGUUUACAGUGCUAGCUAUGUUGAGCGGGGGUGUGGACGGCAACACACUGUCGCAGCUUUUGACAGCAUUGAAUGCAUCCGAUGUUUAUCAGCUGAGUGAUGCUGUGGGACGCAUGCUGUUGCAGGCUGCCAAUGAUAGCAAUGCAAGCCAAGGUAAAGGGGGCCAGAGAACAAUGCUGUUUGAGUUAGCGAACAAUCUGUGGGUUCAGAACAGAUUCCCUCUCACUGACCGCUUCGUCAACCUUACAAAUUCAACGUACCAUGCGGUUCCGCAGGUCGUCGACUUCUCUGUCGAUGCAGAGGCCAUUCGUCAGACGAUCAAUGCUUGGGUUUCAAACGUCACACAUGGUAAGAUUUUAGACCUUCUCCCUGUUGGUUCCUUGAGUAGCUUGACACGAGUGGUACUUGCAAAUGCUCUCUAUUUUAAAGCUGUGUGGGCCGACAAGUUCAACCAAUCAUUGACGGAGCCCGGGCCGUUCAUGCUAUCCAGUCAAACUUCGGUUGAUGUCCCAAUGAUGAAGAUGAAGGACCUGCAUGGGUCGGUGCACAGCAUGUGCAACAAAGAGGGAUCGGCAGGGACCUUCUCUGUGCUGCGGCUACCAUAUAGAGUGGGGACGGAGAACGAACUUCAAGGAGUGGGUAUGUCAGGGUGGGACAUGUAUAUAUUCCUCCCGGAGAGAGUCGAUGGCCUCGCUGACCUCGUAGCGGAGCUCACUCCUGAGCAGUUGAGCACGUGUCUUUCAAUUAGCUCAAGCCUAGACAGUGAGGUCUGGAUUUCCGAGCUGAGGAUGCCACGAUUCCGUCUGACGUCAGAUGCUUUGCUUCUAAGUGAUACCUUUAAGUCAAUGGGGAUUGUGGAUGCAUUUGACCCAUUGUCUGCAAACUUUGCAGCGAUGACGAAUUCCACGGAAUCACUAUUUGUGUCAGAAGUAUACCACAAAGCUUACGUGGAAGUCAACGAGGAGGGGUCAGAGGCAGCAGCUGCAACGAGUAUAAUUGUGAGCACCUUAGCCGCAGGUCCUCCGGUCAUCUCUGUUUCAUUCAUUGUUGAUCAUCCAUUUUUGUUCAUCAUUCAAGACCCUUUAGGAAACAUCAUCAUCAUGGGACAGGUUCAGAACCCAAGCCUGUAGAAAGGCUUGGCGAAGUGGGCGUUUGAGCUUAUUGGGAAUGUGCCGAUCUGGAUUGUGGACGCGCUUGACCCAAUCGCGAUAAACGUUAUGCCCAUCGUGGAAUCCCACCACCACCACCGAAUACCUGUUUGCGUCGCUGUUGUACCACAAAGCUUAAUACGUGGAAGCGACUUCCACUGUUGCACCAGUUGUGGCCACUGGUAUGCUUGGUUGGAACGGUACCAUCUCUUUAAACUCAUUGCGGGUCAUCCAUUCCUGUACCUCGUUCAAGAUGGGAUUUCUGCAGCAUUGGCUAGGAGAUCGGCCGCACAUGGCCACACAGAUUAGCUCGCAUUGGAAGUGGGCUCAUGCUAGAGAGGAAAUGUAUAGCUCGGGCCCAGGUGGCAUUAUGACUUAAUAUCUUUUUGGUAUGAGAGCAAGGAGAGGACUCACUGCAGUAUACGUGAGUGAUGGCCACAUUCUUUUGUCUUUUCUUUCUUUUUAAUGAAAACAGGUCCCCAAG